AUGAUAUUUUACAUGUUGUUCAAAAAAAACAUAAACAAAAAUAUAACAGUAGAGCUCAAGAACGGGCUGGUCAUAUCUGGAAAAUUACUUAGCUGUGAUGUAUUUUUGAACAUAAAAUUGAGUGAUGUAGCAAUCGAAGACCUGGAAAACUUCAAGGGCCUGAGUGGUGUUGCAACGCUGUCUAUUAGAGGAUCGUGCGUAAAAUAUAUUAAAUUAGAAAAGGACGAAAAUUCCAUUGCCUCGCUACUUGAUACAACAAGAAACAGGUUUAUCGUAAAUGAGAUGAGGGAAGAGGCCGAGAAAGAGGGAGAUCCACAGACGGCUUAG